AUGUUCCAAGGUGAACUUGAGACUAAACUGCCCGGAACUGGGGGCGCAGGUGGGGCGUUAGCAUUUGCUAACGAAGCAACGAAGCCAAUACUACAAGAUGCCCCCCAACAAAUAUCCAUUACUAAGGAGCGCUCCCAGAAGCCUCGGGAUAACGUCAAGUCUACUCAAUUCACUCUUUCUCCUCAGAAUAAAAGUGACUGCACUUGGAGCUUUACCACCGAGGCUGCACAAGACCCAACACAGGAUCCGCCCCCAGGGAGUCAGAAAGUGCGGGAGUCCUUUCAAGGAGCCCGGCAUAUGCAAGGCAUGCCUCAGGGAAGCCAGCAGAAUGUGUCGCUCUUUAGCAGUGCACCGCAGGACAACCUUUCUUUUCCAAACUCCGCUCUUCCGAUGAUUUCGAUGGAAAUAGGCGGCAAUUCAGAACUUAUUAAUGAGUCUACUCCCAAUCAAGAUGUUACUGCGCCCCAGGCGGCGAUGGAGCCUGACCAGCAACAGGCGAUAAAAGACAUGGACGCACAGCUUCCAGAUGCAGCUGAACAAGAGACACAGCCCGGUAUUAAUUCCUCUCAGAGCGACAAUGUUGCUAGUCAGUCGGCACAUCAGCCUAUUGACGCUCCGCUGAAGACUAAUGUUAUUGAAAACGUAGCCCCCCUACCAGAGAAGGGUCCUGAGCUGCCUGACCCCCCUGCUACUCCAUCAGAGAAUAAACCCAGCGACAACAAGCCCGGGAAAGAGGGUCACAAGUCAAAGGAGACCAGUGGCGGCUGGGUGGACAAUAAGCCCAACAGGAAAAAUAGGUAUCACAAGAAGGAGACUGAGGCUGUCCGCCCCUCGGUACCGGCUCCUCCCCAACAAUCAUCGUUAGUUCAAAGUCAGAAACCCUUACCAGAGACUGCUGCUCCAAAAGACGAGGAAGCUCCAGCGGCUUUGCCAGAGCGUACAGCAGAGAUCUUUCCUGCUGUUUCUGUGGAGACUUUGGCCCCGCAGGCCGAACCCGAGCCUGAACCUGAGUCUAGCACAGCAGCACAUGAUUCCAAGCCUCCAGUGUACAAUGCCCGAAAGCACCAUGAAGAGAAGGCGAAAAUAGUGGAUUACAAGAAGCUGACAAGCCCAGGAGAACGUCGGGCUCCUCAGUCAGACUUCAUGACGCAUUUGCUUUCUCUUCUGGAGAGUCGCAAAGAGCUUUCUUCCUUCCAGUGCAGGGCGAGUGGCAUAGAGCUGAACUACAAGGAUGUUCUCGUUCGCCUGGACUCAGCGGUUGCAGAUCCUGUCGUGCACAACACAAGAAAGCAACUUUCAACCGCUAUGUUGCACUAUUUCGACGUGGCCAGGGCCGCUGACAUUGAGAAGUACCUCACCAACGAACGGGCAGGAGAUAUGCCCCAGAUUGUGAAGCUUAUGAUCAAGGGCGACGAAACCAACUUUGAACGCACGACUCUCCUUUCUAUCCGUGAUAAGCUGAACAAGAUCACCAAGGAAACUGUCAAGCAGGUGCAUGCAGAUGUUGUCAAAAUGAUACAAGAGAUACCGAACUUGGAAAAUCAAUACCAAAAGAUAUUCCUCUUUAAGGCGAUCUUCGACGAGAUCAUAGACAAGGCCUGUAUGGAGCCUAAUUUCGUCGAUGUGUACACUGACCUUCUCUUUGCCCUUCUCGAUAACCCGCGUGGCCGCACUGUUCAAGGAGACAAGGACACACCAGCUGGAAAGGAUGGCGAGCUCAGCAUAGCGACUGGUUUCUUGGAGGUUCUCCGUAUCUUCGCAGACCUUAAAGACGACACCAUGUUUCCCGACAUGAGGGGCUUUAGAGAGAUGGUUCAAAAGAACAAGGACAAGCUUGGAGACGACAAGCCACUCCGCGGGUUCACGGUGGGUUUCUUCCGGGAUUAUAUGUUGCGAGGAAACAUGGCUGAGGAGAUUAAAACAGGCCAGACACACAACCCAGUGUUUAAUGUUGAAGACACUGAUACUGACGAGGUCAGGAGCAUUAAGGAGCAGAACAAGCUCGUGCAUCUUUCCAAUAAUGUUAAGUUCCUCGCGUCCAUCUUUACCAAAGACUUACUUGAUUUUUACCGCAAAGAGCGGCGACAGCAGAAGCGCAUGAGUGAGAAGACAGGAAGCUCCUCAGCCUCCAUUACAAAGAAGACACCAACAAACAUGCUUCUUCCUAUAGCGCAGUUUGUGACACUGAUAUCCUUCCUGUUGCGGAGACAGUUUGACAAGACUAUCGACAAUUACUAUACACAGACUAAGAAUAAAGGAUCCAGCGACGAUAUUUCUCGUGCAAAAGAGGAAAUGAGGCGCGGGUUUCCAGAUAGAGGGUCUAUCACUAUUGACGACGUUGACCGUAAAACUUCUGCAUAUAAGAGCACUAUUGCUCGGCUUCAGGCGCUGACAGAGCCGCAGUAUAAGACUGCCUGGAGCUCAGAAUACAUGGAUCUUGUUAUCAUAAUUCUCCGGACAGGCGGGCUGGCAAUGGAUAACUAUGACCACUCGACAUACGAGUACACUCUUUACGUGUACUGUAUGGAUGUCCUGCAACUCCUUCUAGAAAAACAAGUAGUUGAGGUGCGCAUUCAGGUUCUUCUCACAGAGAUUCUUGAGGACAGGAGUGGUGGAUGGAAGAGCAUGCAAAAGACGCUCAACUAUGAAGCUGGUCCGGUGAAGCCCUCUAGACCAGAGCGGGAACCCGAUGAUGAUACGCCUGCUGCGGUCCGUGAGAACGGGCUUCGAUAUACAAUAGCCUUCAACCUCGGUUUUCUCAAUGCAAACAUUAGCAACAAGGAGGUCGACCUUUUCUCUGACGGGAUGAUGGAGAAGUGGUGUAGACAGGUCAAGCUUACGGCGCGCCGCAUGGUCUUUGACGGCUCCAUUAAGAUCAUGUAUGACGAGCUGCCCAAUCUCUUCCCUUCUCGUAGCGAAGGCGAGAUAGUAGAUCUUUACAGGGCAUUUGCCAGCGGUCUUGUCAGUGCGUACUCCACUACGACGAAGGAUAACCAACAGACAAACAAGGACGUGGUCUCGACGUUGGCAAGUCUAUUCAUAAGCGAUAAGAUACGGUUCCCCUGUCUGUUUCCAUCUGCAACGCGGGUGGAUCCAAGCGAUCCUAGAAGGGGGUAUGAGGGCAGCAUAGAGCCAAAGGAGUACCAGCUAGCCGUCGAGGUCAUGCAGCACUGCAUCGAGAGAGCCAUUCAAGGGACAAUAGCGGACAACGAGUUUGACUUUUCCGAGAGUGAAAUGGCUCUCCUCAGAGCAGAGUACACAGUAGAAAAUAACUAUAAACCAGAAAAGGCUUCAAAUAGGCGGGAGAAGGUUAAUGUCAUGUUGACCUCGACUAGAAAGACACCAUCUAAAGCUGUGCUGGAUCUAUUAAAGCAGAGGAAGUGCGGUCUUUUCGGCGAGCCCGACAUUGAAGGCCACGAGGAAGAGGCUGUAGACUUCCUCGAACAGAGUGCCCUGGACACCGUCGCAGAGAUCAUCUUCCGUACAAAAUAUCCAAUGAUUAAAUACGAAAACAUUGCCACUGGAUGUAUGCUUUAUGACAAGCUGCUUGGGCUGGCAAAAGGGGGCAAGCCUGUUGUCAGAGAGUUUCACACACAAACAAGCAUGCCGCACCUCGAGAAGUUCCUGGUCCACGAUCUGCAGCUUCCCACAAGCAUAUGCUUCCUGGUCUGUGAUGAAAUCAGCAGGGACCCGAGCUUUAUGCAGAAGUCCAUGAGUAAGCCAUCAAACGAGAACCCCCUCCUGAUAGGUAAGAUGGGCCAUAUACUUCUUGACCGUCUGUUCGCGGAUUUCUGUGAAAGGCUGGAUAAGGCCAAUAAGACUUCCCCACUUACACUUGCAGAGUCCCUUGCGGCCCAGCCCGUUCUGCGUGUCAGGCGGGUGAUUAUAGAGUCCAUGAAGAACGCACUUAAAAAGGCAGCGGAUCAGAACAAGGCGAUGAAGCUGAUGAUCGCUGCCGUCGUUUCUAAGGAUCUCAUGAAGUUGGAGGACUUUAAGGAGAUGGUGAAAGCAGAUAAGGCUAAGCGUUACGGAAAGACAUUUGCAGGGCUUGAAGAAGCCUCCCAGUGGGUUGAGACUGCAGAUGAAAGUGCCGUCACGAAGGUUCUUCAGCCAAAUAUAGAACUUAAAUCUACUACAAAGGAAAUGAACUCGGACAAAGUUCCUAAGGAGGGUACCAGUGGAUUUGAGAGACCUCAGCACCAUCGGGGCUCGGAUUAUCACAACAAGAGGGAUAGACAGGCUACCGGCGACCGAUUCAAUAGAUCGAGCUUUGACCGUGGCAGCGGUCACGGCAACGGACGCCAUCAUAACAACAACAAUAACAAUAGUAACAACAAUAGUAAGUAUGGAGGGCCGAAGUGA